UUAUAAUGGAAGACAUAUCGCGAUUAGAGCUUUGCUUAUCAAUAUCAAGUCGCGCUAUACAUGUAUGUAUGUGCAUGUUGGAUUGCUACCAUACAAUAAUGCGAGGGUUAUGAUGCGAUUGCAAUUUUGCCGCGAGAUAGUGUUUGAACGAAAUAACACUUUAUUAGCCACCAUUUAAUCUUCAUAAUCUGUGGCUUUUUAAAUCAUGGUGGAGUCAGAUCACAGUGAAACUGGACAGGAUGUGACCUCGACCAACGCAACACGUCAAAAGGAUUCAAUUGAUAAAUCUGCCGAAUUGUCAACGAAAAGACCGCGUGAAGGUUGCAUUGAGGACGAGAAAAUUGAAUUGCCGAACAAAAAAUCUCGUAAUGAAAUGGAAGAACAAUCAACAACACCCAAAGAAGAUAAUACAAUGAUUCCCGAGUCAAAUGGUAAUACUAUGAUUGUUGAUGAAGACAAAAAUAGUCAAGGAAAUGGAGAGGCAAAAUUGAAAUCAUCACCAACGGAUGAUACUGAAAAACGUGAUAAUGUGGACAAUGCAUCUAGCGCUGAUAUGGAAACACAAGAAGAAGACGAAGAAGAAGAAGAAGAAGAGUCUCAGGAUGAGAAGCCUGACGAAAUGGAAACAAAUCAAGACGUUCCUGAUUCAGCAUGUGGGGAUAAAGAUAAACCCAUGGAACAGGAUGAAGUUGUCGAUAAGGAUUCCGCUGUAAAGUCAGAUAAAGUCGUCGUUGAGAGCAAUGAUAAAGGUAAAUUGGAGGAAGCAGGAAAAUCUGAAGAUAAGAAUAAACGUAAAAAUACGGAGGUAGUUGAUGGUCUUGAACUUACAGUUGAAAAUGCUAGCGACAAAGAAUCAAGUGGAGAAAGUGAUAAAGAUGAAGAGCCGAAACCAAGACCAAAAACGGCAAUUGUCAAGGCCAAGCCAACUGAAUCAGAAUUAGAAGCAAGUGCAAGUGAUGCUGAGAAAGGAGACUCUCUGGAUGCUAAAGAUGAGGAUGAGGAUGAUGAUGACGAUGAUGACGAUGAUGAUGAUGACGAUGACGAUGAAAAGAAAAAUAAACGAAAGGGAAGAAGAAAAUCAUUCACUAAAGUAAAGGGUUCUGGCUCAGAUGAAAGUUCUGAUAAUGAUUCCAAUGAUGACGAGGAUUAUAGUCCACAUACUAAAAAGAGACGUACUCCGGCAAAGAAAACACCGGCCAAGACACCUGGUAAACGGGGUCGUGGACGUGGACGUGGACGGCCACCAACAAGAAAUAUCGUCAAAGAUAAAUCCGAUGAAGAUGAAGACGUCGCUUUAUCAAGCAGAUCAAGGCGAACUGUUUCCAAGCGAAGUGAAAAAUUUGAUGAAUCCAAGGGUGAUACAUCGGAAAGCGAAAACGAAAGUAGCAGUGAAGAGGAUAGCGGAAAAGAAAAGAAGAGAAGAAAGAGAAACAAUGACCCGGAGAACGAUAAGAGGAUACAAUCUUUAAAAAAAUAUGUGGACAUGACUGGAAUAAAAGUAAAAUAUCCAAAUGUUUGGGAAGGAUGCAAAACUAAUAGCGAUCGUAUCAAGUGUUUGAAGGAUCUUUUAGAGAAAAAUGGCGUCGUCGGUAGACCAACUGCUGAAAAGUGUAAGAAGGCUAAGGAGCAAAAUGAGAGGAUAGGUGAUGCUCCAGAAUCAACUCCAAGUAAACCUGCAUCUGGAGAAGGCCGUGUGACCCGUGCAAGAAAAAGCCAGAACUCUCCUGGUGCAGCAUCACGAAAUCGCGAGUCUCGUAAAAAAACUGAAAGUGACUCCGAAUGAAAGUAAAAAUGAUUCAUGGAGACCCUGAAUCGACUGAUAAGUAAGUCAUUAAUUUCUUGAUUUCACGGGUCGAGCUUGUUCUGUAUUUUUGGCAUAUACUUCAAUCAGCGGAUAUAAAUUUUUAUCAAAAAAAUAGAAAAGAGAAGUGUAUUAAAAGUUAACUAACUUGCCUAAAAAACAGUGCAUAUAAAAAAAUUUAAUUUCAUUAACAAAUUAAGUGUAUUUGGUAAAGAAAAGGAAAAAUAUUUAAUGGCUUGAUUGAAUUCGUACGUGGAACCAAGCACACAAGGUAUGUACGUGCAAAGAAAAAAAUACAAUUUAGUGUAUAUAAGUGCAAACAUGCGUAGUUUAAGGGGAGGGUCUCCUAUUUUCUCGAGGUGUUAAUUCUUUCUCUGUCCACUUACAAAGUGUCGUAUAAUUAUAUAAACAUUUUUUUUUAAUUUAGUCAAGUAACCAGUCACGUAUAAGUCUCUAAACGGCAGAUGUACAACUGUAUAAUUCCCCCUUAUAAUUGUUGCAAAUUCAGGAGUACAUUUAUAAGUUUAUGUCCAUAUGGUCAUUUAUUACAAAAUAAAUAAAUAUAAUGAGA